UGAGUGGUUACUUUGGUCUUGAUUUGGGGAGGAUCCCACCAAACUACUAUAUAAACCCACCUCUCUCAAGGGGUAGACAACAUUGUUCGCUGCACCUCAUCCAAACAUAGACAUGAAACCGUUUUUGAUUGCAUCCCUGGUAUUAGCAGUCGCCAGCAUAGGAUCAUGCGGCGAGGCUAAAGCAAAAACUUCGAAGAACGAAAAAAGAGGAAUUUUUUCAAGCGACAUUGGUAGCGGAUACGGGGGUGGCCAUGGAGGUGGUAUAUCCCUAGAGUCAUAUGGAGGUGGCUACGAUGGAGGUGACUUAGGUGGUGGCCACGGUGGUCUUGGAGGUGGAUUGGGUGGUGGAUUCGGAGGUGGUGGGCAUGGAGGUGGAAUUGGAGGAGGCCUAGGAGGUGGAUUCGGAGGUGGAUACGGAGGUGGAUUCGGAGGUGGAAGUGGAGGUGGACUCGGAGGAGGUUUAGGAGGAGGUCUGGGUGGUGGACUUGGAGGAGGUCUUGGAGGUGGUGGAGGUGGUGGUGGAGCAACUGUUACCACCAUCAGUCGAACUGUACCAGUCCCCGUACCCCAGCCUUACCCUGUCACUGUCAACAGACCAGUAGCAGUACCAGUACCUCAACCUGUUGCAGUUCCAGUACCAAGACCAGUACAAGUACCUGUUCCAGUAGCCCAACCAGUUGAAGUACCAAGGCCCUACCCAGUAGUUGUCAACAGACCAGUUCCAGUAGCAGUACCUACUCCAGUACGAGUCCCAGUACCCCAACCCGUUGGAGUUCCUGUACCACAACCCUACCCAGUUACUGUUCCACAGCCCUACCCUGUUAGAGUUCCCCAAACUGUUGUUGUCCCUGUAGCACAGCCAGUCUUUGUUGGUGGAGGCGGUGGAGGUGGCAUUGGAGGUGGACUUGGAGGAGGACUUGGAGGUGGACUUGGAGGUGGUCUGGGAGGUGGUCUUGGAGGUGGUCUUGGAGGUGGUUAUGGAGGUGGUUACGGAGGUGGUUAUGGAGGUGGUUAUGGAGGUGGAUAUGGAGGUGGAUAUGGAGGUGGAAUAAGUGGAGGACUUGGAGGCCAUGGCGGUGGUUUGGGAGGAGGAUCAAUUUCUCUCGGAGGUCAUGGAGGUUCUUUAGGGGGAUAUGGUGGUGGAAGCUCCUAUUCUAGCUCGAUCUCACUUGGCAAGUCAUCAGGAGGAUAUGGUGGAAGCUCUUAUUCUUCCGGUGGACACGGGGGGGCAACCAGCUACUCUAGUGUCUCAUUGGGAGGCGGCCACUCCAAAUACUAG